AUGUACUCGAUUGGAAACGAACUUAAGGAUUCGUUCAAACCAACCAGCAAAUGGAUCAACAAUGGGAUAGAAUGGCUCACGGAUGUGGAGGAAUUCUAUCGAGAACGGGCGGUGAUUGAACAAGAGUAUGCUCUGAAAUUACAAAUGCUUGUCAAGAAACAUUUCGACAAGAAGGCCAAGGCUCUGGCGCUGCUCUCAGUCGGGGAUACGCCACAGAUCACCCCGGGGAGUUUGGAAUGUGCAUCAUUGGUGUUAUGGACCGAUGUAUUGACACAAACUGAAGCAAUUGCCCUGGAAAAAGUUCAACUUUCCAAGGAAUUUACCACCAAAGUGUCGGAUAACAUCAGUUCCUUGAAGGGGAAAUCUGGGAGAAUCGCCAAGAAAAUUGAACUGAUCAAUGAAUACUUGGGAGUUGAGAAGCAAAAGACCCUGGAUGACGUGGCCAGGGCCAAAAGACACUAUGAUUCACUCUGUCAGGCUACAGAGAAUGCCAGAACAAAGACCGAGAAGAGUGCCAGUGAAAAAUACACCAAGAAGUUGGCCGAGAAGGAGGUGGAGAUGAACAUUGGGAAAAAUGAAUAUCUUAUCAAUAUUAACGUUGCCAACCGAUUGAAGGAUAAAUAUUAUUAUCAAGACGUUCCUGAAUGUUUGGAUUAUUUCCAAGAGCUCAACGAGCUGAGGGUGGCUAUUUUAAACAAAUUAUUGAAGAAUGCAUCGAUUAUCGAGAGAAAUUCAUGUGAUCGAGUCAAAGAGAAAUUACAUGCCAUUGAUAGCACCAUUGAACAAAACGAUCCUAAAUUGGACACAGCCAUGUAUAUCAAGCAUAAUAUGAUCGAUUGGGCUGAGCCACAAGAUUUUUACUUUGUUCCCUGUGAAUUUUGGCAUGAUGAUGAGAGUUUAAUUACAAAGGAACCAGAACUUACAGAAUUGAAACGGAUGUUAAAUUCAGUUUCUGGACAAUAUACUCGAUACGAAGAGGCAUGUUUGAACACCAAACAACAACUAGAGGAAGCAACAACCGAGAGAAAGCGAGAUCUGGACAGUAGCACCAUCACCCUCAAGUUUGACGCUGCAUUAUAUAAAUCACUUUUAAUCUUGGAACAAUUUAUUAUGGAUGAUAGUAAAAGAGUACAAAGUGAAGUUAAGAUUGAAGUGAUUCAAAACUUUGCCGGAGAUAAGGAUUUAUCAUAUGUUGAACAAGAGAAGAAGAAAAAGUCAAGGUUUGGAUUUUUGAAGAGUGGAGGUCAACAUCAUGAAACGGGGAAUAAUAAUAUCGUUCCUGUCAAGAGUGCAAAUACUCACACCUCUUUGGGGGGAGUGUUCAAUUUGAGGAAAGGUAAGGAGACUAAAACUGGUGGUAAUGGUGGGGGGAACACGAACACGGCCAAGGCAUUAUUUGAAUACGUUGCCGCGGGCAAUGAUGAGGUAUCAUUAAGUCCCGGGGAAGCAUUGGAUGUGAUUGAGUUUGAUGAUGGUUCUGGAUGGACUUUGGUUAAGAGCAACGAUGGACAACAAGGGUUGGUACCCACCAGUUACAUAGAGGUGGCUGCACCAUCAACACAAGCCCACGCACCAAUAGUGGCCAAUGCUACAGGAGGGUCUACCAAGAAGGGACCUUCAGUGGCACCUAAACGCGGAGCCAAAAGAGUUCAAUACGUGGAAGCAUUGUAUGAUUAUGUUGCUGAUGGAGAUGAUGAGAUCAGCAUCCUGGCUGGAGAUCGGAUAGUAUUGAUCCAGGACGACACCGAUGGAAGUGGGUGGACCGAGGGUGAAUUGGGAGGAGUCAAGGGGAUGUUUCCAACCAGUUAUGUAAAGAAGGUGUAA